AUGACUACUGAAGAGAUGACGCUCGCAGAGAUGAAAGCAGCCUACGAAAAGGCCCAAGCAGAGCUGGCCCAAGAAAGGGCCUCCAUUGAAAACCUCCAGAAGGAGCUCGACUCUGUGAAAAGUACCAAGCAUCAGUCACGUUACAAGCCAGGUGCAAAACCGAAGAAGUUGAUAUUCGAGAUGACUGACGACUCCGAGGACCUGUCCGACGGCGAAGAGCCACAUGGAGAAGAAGAUGAAGCAACACUGGACCCCGUAACCAAGCGCCUGAAUAAGAUGGAAACUCACAUGAAGAAGCAAUGCUCGCUGAUGCUGAAACUGAUGACCAAGCUGCCAGGGGCACUAACGCCUGUGGAAACCGAACCGACCGACGGGUAUGCAGCGUCGCCAUUCUGUGAAGCGAUCGCCAGGGUGACGGUCCCACACAAGCUCCGACUCCCUACCUGGACCACCUUGUACAACGGAACGUCCGAUCCAUACAGACACGUCAACGUCUACAAGCAGCGAAUGUGGCAGAUCGGCAUCCCCUACGACCUGGUCGAGCCCGUCAUGUGCAAAUCAUUCGGAGGAACCCUUGACGGAGCGGCUCUGGAGUGGCUCAUGAACAUAACACCUGGAUCCAUCUACUGCCUGUCCGACCUCAUCAACGCCUUCUGCCAGCAGUCGCCAGCAGUCGCCAGUUGGAGAAACAGACGAGUGACCUCUAUCGCCAUCGAAGCAUUCAAGAGAGGUCUCAUCCCCAACUCGGAGUUGUACCGGGAGAUAACCAAGUAUCCCUGCGCAACCUUCGAGGAGGUCAGAUCGAGAGCCACUGCCCAGAUGCGGAUCGAAGACGAUGAGAUUACACGAAUGGCUUCUCAGCGACCAACAGGGGCAGCAGCGACAGGAGGUCGUACACCCCGAGGAGCAACAACUGGAGACACCAGCCGUACAACCGCCAGAACCAGGAAUGAACGGGUCGUUUAUCCCCCCAUCUCCGACUAUGGCUUCAACGUCGACAUCGGAGGCGUGGUGAACGCCCUUCAAAAUGUAGGUGGUACCGUUAGAUGGCUUAAGAGGAGCGACAUACCAGACUCCAUAAAAGACAUGAGCAAGUGGUGCGACUUCCACCGCGACAAUGGCCACACAACCGAGGAGUGCAUCUCCCUCAAAAAGGAGGUAGCUUAUCUAUUAAAAAGGGGCCACCUGAAGGAGCUGCUGAGCGACAAAGGGAAGGAGACGUACAACAAGGACAACAACCCCCAGCCUAGCCCAGCACCAGGCGGCGACCGACCCGCCCCGCCCACGUUCAAAAAAGUGGUAAAUGUUAUCUCUGGUGGUUCAGAUAUAUGUUGA